CUAUUACAAUCAAUUGAGAUUGUAUGUCUAUAAAGUAAUAUAAUACUUGUCAAUAAUUUACUCAUUGACGCUCAUUAUUGUAAUAUAUAUGUACUAGCUUAUAUUAAAUACUUGGAGAAUGAAACAUUUAUAUAUUAUUUGCCAAUUAUGAUGCUCGUAUUAUAAAGUAAUAUAAAAUAAAUGGAAAAUCUAAUUUUGUGUUUACAAGGUUGAUGUCUUGUCAGUCAUAGCCAUAAUUUCCGUGGUUUUAUAUAAGUGCGAUGAUAAUGAUACUGUUACAAAUAUAAUUUCUUUUUUCAUUGAACAAAACGGUUAUAAGAUAUGGAGUUUGUUGGUAUAAAACGUGGGAGAAGUCGAAAAAAAACGAGAAAUUUGAAAAAGCAACGUAGUCAACAAAUAAAGUUUGAGGUUAAGUUUGCGAAACGUCGUGGAUUGAUUUCGGAUCGUAAUAUUUUCGUUGCUAAAGAAAAAUUAAUUGUCAAUACGAUGCAAGCUAAUUCAUUUUGGGAAAAUUACACAGCUGCUCAAGAAUGGCAAAAAAGGCAUAGCAUAACUUGGUGGAGAACACGAUGUAUUGCGCUGGAAUAUGAGAACCAAAUAUUAAAAGAUAAAUUAAAAUCUUUGGUAUGCCAAAACAGUCAACAGUAUACAUCACACAAACGGAAAAAGAGUGGAUUUAAGUAUCAGAAUGGAGAAGGAAAAUGUGAAGAAACCAGAUUUAACGAAGAAGCAGAAAAUUUGGAAUUUCAUAUAGAUGAAGAAAUGCUGAGUUUUUUAGAGCAAAGUAUGAGACAUAAAUUUGAAUUGAAAAAAUUAAGAGAAUCUGAAACAUGUAUUAAAAAAAGAAAAGAAGAGGAAGAGACUAUCCAAGGAGGAGCCACAUGGAUGCAUGCAAGAAAUAGUAACGCAAAAUUAUUAUAUGGUGAAGCUAGCCCUACGAUAUUAGCAAUGGAAACUGCUCUUCAAACUACGGUUGAUAGACACAGAGACAAAGCAAAACCUCAGUAUUGGCCAAUUAUUUCUUUAAAACCAUAAACACUAGGAUCACCUACAUAUGUUAAAAGAUAUAUUUUGUAAAGAAUUAAAUACAAUGAAAAUUUUUCUAUUA